AACCUAGGGAGCUGUACAACGUCCUGGAAAAAAAAGGAUUUCUUUCUGUUGACGAUCCAUCCCCACCAUUUACUUUCCUUCUGUCUCCCAUCAGGUUUCUGCAUGUUUGUCUUGAGCCUGGUGAAGAAACACUAUCGCCUCCAGUUCUACAUGUUCGGAUGGACCCACGUGACAUUGCUGAUUGUCGUUACGCAGUCGCACCUCAUCAUUCACAACCUGUUUGAAGGGAUGAUCUGGUUCAUCGUCCCGAUCUCCUGUGUGAUCUGCAAUGACAUCAUGGCGUACAUGUUCGGGUUCUUCUUCGGCCGCACCCCGCUCAUCAAGCUCUCCCCAAAGAAGACCUGGGAGGGUUUCAUUGGAGGAUUCUUUGCCACCGUUUUGUUUGGAUUGCUGCUGUCCUACGUGAUGUCUGGGUACCGGUGCUUCACCUGCCCGGUGGAGUUCAACAACGACACCAACAGCUUCACCGUGGACUGUGAGCCCUCCGAGCUGUUCCAGCUGCAGGAGUACAACAUCCCCGUGGUGCUGCAGUCCGUGGUGGGCUGGAAGACAGUCCGGAUGUUCCCCUUCCAAAUCCACAGCAUCGCGCUCUCCACUUUCGCCUCCCUCAUUGGGCCGUUUGGAGGCUUCUUUGCUAGCGGAUUCAAGAGGGCCUUCAAAAUCAAGGACUUUGCCAACACGAUCCCAGGGCACGGAGGCAUCAUGGACCGCUUUGACUGUCAGUACCUGAUGGCUACCUUUGUUAACGUGUACAUCGCCAGCUUUAUCAGAGGUCCUAACCCCAGCAAACUGAUCCAGCAGUUCUUAACCUUGCGGCCAGACCAGCAGCUGCACAUCUUCAACACGCUAAAAGCACACCUUGUGGACAGGGGUCUGCUGGGUGGCUUGGAGGACGCGUAGACAGCCGGGCGAUAACGGGACUGAAAGCGGACAAGCCUCUCCGAGGAAAUUCCUGGCUUGCCUGAUUUAAGACAAUAACAAGGCCUCAUUUCACUGUAACUUUUCUUCCUUUCUCGGUAAAUGUUUGCAUUUGUGGUUUUUUUUAAAAUAAUCUAUUUAUAUAGCUUUGGUUCA